UUCAGUUUUAAUUUUAAUUAUUAUUUUCUUGUCUUUGAAGCUACGACUGGAAAGUGGUCUGGUCAGUGUAGAAAGAGAAGAACUCUCUGAGCUGAAAUUUUGGGUCUUGUGGUUAUAUACAGUGGGAUGAGUUGACCGUUGACCAUGUCGAAGUUUCUUUAGCACGGCAGAUACCGUUCUAUAUGCGAACCGAGACGAAGAAGAAGAAGAUGGAUUUGAAGAAAUUGGAGGAGGAAGACGAUGAGGAACAGUAGCAUUUUUUUUUGGGUGAGAAGCCCUAAACUUUUGCCGUGAAAGAAAGAUAAUUUUUUAUGAGAUUGAGAUUUGACUCGUAGCUCUCUUUGUAAUUUCUGAGCAAGAAUACAAGGGUCGUUUGAGCUUCUUCAUAUCAUAGUUCCUCAACAAGAUACUGCCUUUAUUUUUGUGGUCGGAUCCAAUCAUUGAUUGUUAUUAUUAAUACUUGCAAGUUUAGCAGUGGAAGCUCAGUUUUUGUCUCUGGUUACUGCGACAUAUUUGGGCAGGCAUGGCGAGUGAGUGCACUACCAAAGUUCGGCUAGUUAGAUGUCCAAAGUGUCGGUUGGUUCUUCCUGAGUUGCCUGAAUUUAAUGUGUACAAGUGUGGUGGAUGUGGCGCAACUCUCCAAGCAAAAAGUCGUGGUACCAGAAGUGUGGUAUCUAGUUUAAAUGUUGCUGAUGCUGCUCGGGAAAAUCAAACAAGCCGUGUUUGUGAAGAUAAAGAACCCGAAUCAGGUAAUAAAGAGGUUCUUCCUGGCCCAGAAGAAUGCUCUUCAUCCCAAAACAGUGAGAGGAAUCGAAGUAUAUCUGAGGAGUUUGAUGGUGAGCAGCUUGGGGUUGUGAAUCUACCUAGUGAAAAACAGAACAAUGGGGCUAAUCAUUUCAGCGAGUCUUCAGACUGUGAUGUUGAUGAAUCUGAAGCUUCCAGUGAAGUCGUUUCACCAACGGAGUUUGUUGAUAGUAAGAAUGAGGAGUUUGCUUGUCAGGAGAAGGAGAAUGAAGAGCUUACUAAUAACGAGGAGGAGGCGUUUGCUAGUAAUGAGAAUGAAGAGGUUGAACAAAAUGAGAACAAGGAGCUAGCUGAUAAUGAGGAUAAGAUUUUUCAUAAUGAGAUUGAGGAGUGUGAUUCUAGUGGAAAUGGGGAGCUUUUUCACAGUGAAAUUGAGAAAUUUGCUCAUAAUGAGAGUGAGGAGCUUGCUCACAAUGAUACCGAGGAAUUUCCUUGCAAUGAAAGUGAGGAAUUUGCUCAUAACGAGAGUGAGGACUUACCUUGUAAUGAAAAUGAGGACUUUACUCGGGAAGUUGCUCGUAAUGAGAUUGAGGAAUUCUCUCAAAAACAAAAUGAUGAAUGCACUCAAAACCAAAGUGAGAAUUUUUCUCGUAAGGAGAACGAGUCUUUAGCUUUGGUCGGAGUGGAUGUAGAUGUACCAGUCAAUGAUGAGAGCUCUCCAUUAGCAGAAGCAAAUACAGAAGACACCGGCAAGAAGAUUGUCCCUGAGUCUAAUAUCAGUAGCUCUAUUGCUGUCAACUAUGUGGCUACAAGUGAAAAUGGUUCAAGUCCCUCUUAUCAUACGGCUGUAAAAGAAAGGACUGCAUCCGAUUCUAUUAUAUCUUCUCCUAGUAAACUGAAACCACCCCGGAGAAGUGUUGAACAGCAUGGCUUUAGUCAUCCUAGGUCCAAAGAAUUCGACCCCAGCUCUGAGCUCAGUGGUACUUUCGGUGAUUUGUCCAAGUCCCCAACAAGAAGCUCUCAUGCAUACGAAGGCAGUAUCUCAUCUUACGAUGGAAUGGAUGAUCAAUUCCCUAACGACCAUUUGCCUUCAUUUGAAAAUGGUUACAAGGCUGAAAACUUUGGACAUUCUGAAGAACGUUCAAGAAGAGACAAAUUCCUGGCGCGACCUAUGAUGAAUGGUGAUUCUGAGUUGCAACAUCCAGCAAGGUCUUCCCGGUCAGACAAGAAUCAUACAAUGAAAAACAGCAAGUGGGGUCGAGAUGAAUUUCUAGAACCUGCAAGGCAUGAUCGAAGUGUUCGAAAUUGGAGAUUAGGGAGACAUGGACAUCAUCCAUCUAGUUCGGUUUUCGAACGAGUAAAUUCCCGAGCUAGCUAUCAGAAUGGGCGUCCUUCCGGUCAAUUCCACGAUGAGUUUCACCGCAACUCCAGCUUUCAGUCGCAUGAGUGGUCUGAGGAUCCUGAACAAGUCAAGAUGAAAUUGUUGGCAUUAGUUCUUGAUCAGCUUAAUAAAACCCAUUUGCAUGAUAAUGAGAACGAGGGGAUUUCAGGACUCCCUGCAAAUGCAAGAUACAACCGCAGGUACCAUAAUUAUGAAGCUCCUAUGGAGGAACGUCUUAAUCCUCCAAAUUAUCCUAGAUACUCUGGAGGAUAUAGCACUGGAAGCAACAGUUCUUAUCGGCGUAGGUUCAAGAAGAUACCUUUUUCAGGUGAGGCAACUAGCAGUAGUAGUCACCAAUUUGAUCCCUCCUGUUCCCAUUGCUGUCCACCAAAAUGGCAGCGCUCAGCUCAGCUACCUCCACCCUCACAUUACAACAAUAGCGGGCCAUGCAGAACCCAUCCUGGUCACAACUACUGCACAUGCUAUAGCUCUUGCCCACCAAGCCCUCAGUGGAGUAUGGAUUCUGAAUAUCCUCCGUGGGGACGUGAAAUGCAGUCUGAUGAUCAGCGGCGGAGAAGUCAAGACCUGACAAAUUAUUUGAGGGAGAAACAACGUCCACAACGUCUAGCCAAGCGCCAUUUCCGGCCCUUUGCAGGUGGAGCCCCUAUCAUGGUUUGUUACAAGUGCUCUAAAAUCCUGCAGAUACCUGCAGAUUUUUUCCUCUUUAAAAAGAAGUGCCAUCGGUUGAGGUGUGGUGCUUGUUCGGAGGUACUUAAGUUUUCACUGCAUAAUGGAUCUCGUUUGGUUCGUUAUGAAGCUAAUGUUAUUGACCCUCCACCACCAAGUGAAGCCGAGGAUUAUGGUGACGAUAUAGAUAGGAGAAGUAUGGCUUCAUCUUCUCAAACUCCACUUACCGGUCCUGUGACAUGUUCUGAUGAUUGUGGACUCUCUUACUGCAAAAGCUGCUCCACCACACCUUUUCACACACCGAGUGGAAGCACAGUUGACAAGAGAAUGUCACAAGAUUCUUUUGAUCUUUCGAGGGAUAGAGUGGAGUUCAUUCCCACACAGUCUCAAGGAAAAAAUAAGUCCAAAAAUGAAUUCUCUGGGCCUUCCCCUAACACACCCAGGUCACAAAAUUUCUCGUCAGAAAUUGAGGAGCUGCCACAAAGAUCAACUUCACCACUUCAUCGACUCAUGGGAUACUCUUCUCCGAGUGACGUGAUAUUUGGGUCAGUUACAUCUGGUCGAGGGACAGGUACUUCAUACUCUACGCAGAAAGAAAAGCGAGCCAAGAACUGAAAGAUUUACUACUCAACUUGCUGUAGUGGAAGAUUUUGUAUCUAGUUCUUGUGGACUAUGGCUUUUGGGAAUUCGAAUGGAGCCAGGGUUUCUUCUGCCGACUACAUUUGGGUGAACUGACACGUUGUGAUUUUUACUAAGAAGUGCAAGACGUGAUAAAUGAGUUAAAGAAAGAGUUUCAAUUUUGUAUAUACAAAUGCGCUAGAGACUCCGAUUUAAUUUAUUUGUUUGUGUAUAAUAAUUGUUAAUUACACUUACAUCCUUUAUAGUGUAAAUGAUACUUUCUUGUUUUCUGUUCAUGAACAGUUUGUUUAUGGUUUUAAGUUACCAAUGAGAACUGACAGUAUAGAUGCUACCAUCCUACUUUCAUAUAAUGAAGCAGGUUGUCGCAACUUUAUUUUUUU